UGUUGGAAACGUUGUUAGGGUGCAGCGGCUCUCUCCGGUUCGCAGCUCGGGUGACAGGUUGCGACUCCAUGAACAUACCGCGGUUAUCGGUGCCGUCAGAAUCCUCUUACAUUAACAGAGCGUUGCCGUUGUGACAUUCACUAGAAGCUGCGUGAAUCGUACUGGUUGUCAUUGCCAAUGAAUGGUGACAUUUAUGCAGAAACAAACCUGUAUUGUACACAAGUUACCGUGCAGUAGCAUCUAUUUUAAAUUACUACCAAGUUCAAAUAUUCGUAGGUUACUCCUUUGACAAGCUAAUUAUAGCCUCAAGACAGAUCGUACCAGGGUUCCAGAUAUUUCCUACAACGCAGUAGAGGGAAUUACCUCUUCUUCCGUCGCUGCCGCGUUUACUUCGUGCGGUAAAUAUUUACUCCGGACAGGAGCUUAAAAGCGCCUCUCUGUCUAUUUAUUUUUACUGUAGAACGCCCGAGAAGCUAAACCAGUUUUUGACAGUUACGACUCUCGCCUGCGUACCGCGCCAGCGAGUCUAUGCGUGGAGCGCAGUCAUUUCUCUUUGUGGCAAGAGAUCUAUAAAAAAACUUUAGAAUUAAUUUUGGUGGCUACUUUAAUCAGGAACGUACCUGUGGGAUAAAAACCUCGGUUGGUCAUGCACUUAGCUCGCUAACGUAGUGCAGUUUCUUCUUUCGCGCUGCUCACUUUGUGGGUGUGUAGCCUUGUGUCGGCGGUUCUUCCAUCAGGCUGCUCCAGGGAACAUCAAAGGCCAUCGGCGGCUUUCUUUAAAGGGGCGCUCGCUAUCUGCUCUGACCUACGCCCGGCGUAUGACGAUAAACUGGCACUUCGUGUUGUGUGUUGCCUCCGGCGUGCUUGCUUUUAGGACGUAAUGACUGCCACAACGGACGCUCCCGUAGAAUAUUACUCUGCCUUUUUUGGAGGCGCCGCAUAACCUUUAGAAUGUUCACUAGCUCUGCCUUGUCGCAGAAUCGAGCACGUGCGAGAGAGAAAAAUUGCUCCGACUUACACUAAAAUUCCGUCCGCGUAGUCGGACUUCAUGGUAGCCAGUGGUGGAAAAUUGAAGAAACCAUAAAGCUAACUUCAUUUGUUCUUGUUCUUUGUAACACUACACGUAGAGCAUCGCUGGUUUUGAACUGUUAUGUUUUAAGGAUUACGUCGUCUGUUUAAGCCGCUUUCCUCACUACAUCCGCCCACGCAGCCUUUGAAGUUUUUGAUGGGAAGCGCAAAAAAGAGGAACGAUUACAGGGGAUAUUCCGAGAAUUAAUUAAUGAAUUCGAGCGAAAACCACAGCAACAAAAACUGAUUUUCCUUUCGUCCGACUAGCUCUGCAGGGGAAAGAUGUGCUUAUAAAGAAAUUGUACUCUUUAUUCCUGUGAGUGCAUCGUAGGAAGGAUCGUCGUGUGAGCGAAACAACGAGGAAAACACUGUCACUCUUCGAGGCUUAAUAGAGAUAGAACCGCGCCCGCCCCGAGAGUGAAACCAGCGCCAUGUCCUCAGAAGACGAGGCAGUGCCCCGACUACAGCUUCCACUAGACGAAGAGACGGGCGGGGAAUCUGAAGACAAUCUGUCUGUGGUGGCCGGCACCACACUAACUGUAGGCACCAGCGCCACCACCGGGAGCUCCGACGGCCGUCAGGAUGACGACCACGGCUCCACGGAAGUGGUUAUUCAGGACGCGCCGCAGGAAGACAAGCAGCAGCUGGAGAACGGCGAGAAAGCUGCCGAGGGUGGCAAACCGCACCACCCGGUGGUCAUCGUGAGGUCGCCCCAGUCGCGCAAGACCUCCAGCGUCAAGAGGGUCGUCGCUUUCAUCGCACCCAAAGAGGAGCUGGUGGCGACCGGGCCCAACCAGCGCAACUGGCGCGGCAUCCUGAUCGCGCUGCUCGUGAUCGUGGCCGUGCUCGGCCUGAUCGUGUUCUCGAUCGUGCUGCUGUCGCCGCCCGACGAAGGGCCCAGGGUGAAGGGCACCAAGUUCACGCUGGACGACGUGCUGAGUCCGCGCUUCCGGCCGCCGCCCUUCAACGGCACCUGGGUCUCCGAGACCGAGCUGGUGUUUCGCGACCAGUUUGGCGGCGUCUCUCUCCUCAACGCCGAGAACCUCACCACCAGGGUCGUCAUGACCAACUCGACCUUUAGACAACUGAACGCGGCGGACUUCCUCAUUUCGAGCGACCUUAAGUACGUCCUGCUAGUGUAUAACAAGAAAAAGGUGUGGCGCUACUCCUACCAGGCAAGCUACCACGUCUACGAGGUAGAAACACAGAACAAGUACUCGGUGUCGCCGGUGGAGCUGGACCGGCAGGCGCCGCGCCUGCAGCACGCCGUGUGGUCCCCUCGCGGCUCCAGCCUGGCCUUCGUGCACGACAACGACGUCUACUACAGCGCAGACCCGCGCCGCAGGGCGCCCGUGCGCGUCUCCAGCACCGGCGUGCCCAACACCGUCUUCAACGGCGUCGCCGACUGGCUCUACGAAGAGGAGAUCCUGAAGAGCAGCGGCGCGAUGUGGUUCAGCCCGGAUGGCCGCUACCUGCUGUACGCCACGUUCAACGACACGCAAGUGGGAGAGCUGCGCUACCCCUGGUACGGCACCGCCCAGAAGGACCGCCCCCAGUACCCACAGCUGCGCACUCUGCGGUACCCCAAGGUGGGCACGCCUAACCCCGUGGUGACGCUGUGGGUGGCGGACGUGAGUAACCCCAAGCAGGUAAUCGUCACCGACCUGAAGCCGCCGCUCGAGGUCAAGUCUUCACAAGCUCAGUGGGACCAGUACUUCACGUCGGUGAGGUGGCUAUCGAAUGAUGAGGUGUCCGUGGUGUGGCUGAACCGCCGGCAGAAUGUCUCAGUCAUAUCCAUUUGCCGCGCCAAGGUGUGGAAUUGUGAGCAGACGCACCUCGAGCAGUCCAGUACUUGGCUGGAGCCUGGGGAGGCGCCCCUAUUCUCCCCGGAUGGUGCAACGUACGUGACGGUGCUGCCGGUGCAGGAGGCGGACCUGGGCAGCUACCCACAUGUGGUCCAGGUGGAAACGGAUACGCAGCGCGCGACCACGCUCACACAGGGCGCCUUCGAGGUCACCAGUAUCGCCGCCUGGGACCACGAGAACCACCUUGUAUAUUUCGUGGCAGCUCCCGAAGGUGUCCCUGGGGAGAGGCACCUCUACAGGGUGGGCGAUGCCAACAGCACACUCAAGUCAUGGGAGUGCCUCACCUGCCCACCCCCAGAGGUACCCCCUGGACAUCCUGACACAGUCAAGCCCUGCAAUGAAACUAGUGACUUGGACUGGGUGUGCCUGUUUGUGCAACCUCACUUCAGCCCAGGCCUGUCACCUAGAUAUUAUGUCCUGGAAUGCCUAGGGCCCGAUCCACCAUUUCAUGUCUUGGUCGAUGCACUGUCAAACACCAGAAUUGCUAUGUUGGAUUCCCUAAAUUCUUUAAGAGACAGACUGGCAAAAAUGGCUAUGCCUCAAGUGAGAACAUUCAAAGUCCAAGUUGCUGAUGGUUUCCAUGCUCAUGUAAGGUUUCACUUGCCUCCCGGAUUGCGAGAAUAUGAAGACAUGAUAUUUCCACUGGUACUGCACGUAUGUGGAGCUCCUGGAUCACAAUUAGUGUCUUCAAAAUGGGGUGUUGACUGGCCAACAUACUUGGCUGGCAACAGGAAUUUCAUUGUUGCUCAAGUUGAUGGCAGAGGGUCUGGUUUCCAAGGAAAUCGGAUGAGGCAGCAGCUGUAUAGGCAGCUUGGUUCUGUUGAAAUUGAAGAUCAAAUUGCUGUGAUUAAGUACCUAAAAGACAAUCUUAAGUUUAUUGAUAAAGAACGGGUUGGUGUUUGGGGAUGGAGCUAUGGUGGAUUUGCUGCAGCUAUGAUUCUUACUGAAGAUGAGAAGGUGUUCAGAUGUGGCAUAUCAGUUGCUCCUGUUACUAGUUGGGCUCAUUACGAUUCUGCAUACUCAGAGCGAUACAUGGGCUUGCCAGAGGGAGAGGACAACUACCUAGGAUAUGAAAAAGCAGAUGUAACAAAAAGAGCAGGAAAUCUUCAAGACAAAAUGUUCUUGUUAAUUCAUGGAACAGCAGAUCACACUGUGCAUUACCAACAGAGUAUGUUGCUUGUACGAGCACUAACAAAAGAAGGAGUGCUCUUCAGGCAUCAGACGUAUCCCGAUGAAGGAAACACAUUCUCUGGAGUCAAAAAUCACUUGUACCGAGUAAUGGAGUCAUUCUUUAAUGACUGCUUUGGACCACUGGAUUUUGAAGAAUGGGAGUUUGGAACAAAUCUUUUCUCUUUCAAGCAAUAGCAGAACAGUGAGGCUGCAAUUGUGCAGUUUCUGUGAAGUGUGUCUCUAUUUGCUGCUGAGAAGAUGAUCAAGGUGCUGUACUUGAGCACCUCUGUUUUUGCAUCACAGCCAUGGAAUACAGUAGCUGAAUGCUGCAAUCACUAAAGCACACUAAAAGAAUUGUGCCAGAUACAAGUGCAAUGUAUGCAGUUGUUUACCAGUGUGUAACUUUCCUCCUAUGGCAGUAUUUUUAUUUUAUUCUCUUAUUACAGUUUCCCUUUCCUUGUCAGGCAUUAGAAUAUUAACAAGAAGAGGUCAUUUCAUAGAUCAAGCCUUUCUUAAUAAGAUAUUGCAUAAAACUGCUUAUUUAUGAAUAAAUUUCUGCUGUGGAAUAUACUCAAUAAAGAUGGCCAAAAAAUCUUGAGACCAACAGUAAGAAAAUUAACUUUUUGUUUUUCUAUAUUGAUAUAAUGCUGCAGUAUUUUCUAUUCCAUUUAACAUUGUAAUGCACAAAUUAGAUUGUGAGUUCUGACUCAGUGUUUGUGCAUAAUCUGCUAGUAACUUUGGCCUUGGGUAUAUAUAUGUAUAUGACUGUACUUCAUUACACUAUGUGUUACAGUUUCCUGUAAACAAAACAUGAACAAAGUAAUAUUGCUCUCACAGCAGAUGAAAGUCAUGUAUCACACUAAAAUGGUUCAGAGACAAUCAAAUUUAGAAGAACAAAUAUUUGAUCAUUUUGUAUGAACAGGUAGUAUUUACAUUUCAGUCCAUAUUUUCCUCUGCUUUCUCACUGAAAUGCCCUACAUUUCAAUAAAACUCACACACAGCAUUACACUGUAAAUAAAAAUUCAUUCUAUUAUUAUAAAUCCUCUUAUGGCCUACUUCUUGUUGAUAUGAAUGAUUCCUCUCUGUGACUAGCCUUGGUAUAAGAAUAUAGUCUGUCAUCUCAUUUUUUUUUUUUUUUAAUUGAGAGAACUGGUGAUCUUACAUUUCAUUAUAUACCAGUAAAAAUUUCAAAUACCUUUGCACUGAAAUCACAGUCCUUGAGUACUUCUGCCAUAUUCUGCAACAGAAAUAAAACUUUCAUUUUCUUUGUCCAUAUACUGCUGUGUAUAUCUGCCCAGGCACUAUCUUUAAAACUAUGAAUAUUAUACAACUAAUUUAAUUUCAUCAAAAGUUCAAAAAUUAUUUUAUAAACAAAUACAAAUUUAGCUCACUUUUCAUUAUCAAUGGCAACUUAACAUCAUCAUCAGCAUGAUCUAUCUUUCUUACAUUUUCCCACCAUUACUAAAGUAACUUCAUUAUAAUACAUAAAAUAAACACCGUACUGCUGAAGCAAAUGAAAAUGUUUUAAAACCUCAUGGUUUACCAUGUGAAUGCUACUUUGCUGAAAUCAUUUUAUUCUAAUUUGUAAACUUGGUACAAUCAAGAAUAGUGCUGGUGGAGAAUAAUUUUAAAAACAAAUAAUCCAUCACCAUUUCUUUGUUUUUUCAUCAAUUGCCUAUUCAGCUUUUCAGUCCUCAUUUGAUGAUGUUUUACAGUAACAAAUUAACUCCUCGUCAGAGCUGAAUGUUUUUUUAAAUUAUUCAUAAAGUUUCAUAUUUUUAUAAGAAUCAAAAUAAAACCAAUCGUAACAAAGAACCAUUUUUGAUAGUAAUAAAUUCUGAAGUACAGGGCAGCUACUUAGCAUUAAAAUACACUGUGUGGGCUUUCAACUACAUAUACUCCAAGUUAUAUACUUCUGUUGGGAGAGUACUCACAAGAAACUAAUGAACAUUGUGUAGACAUAACGACUGUAUGCUAAACAGUGGUUGUAAGUAUUGUUACUUAAAAAUAAAUAUAUUUUUAUGAUAAACAACUAGUUAAUAAAUAAUGCAUAUUAAAUGUAAAAGCUAACUUGAAAAGGACAUUUAAGUGUAGAAUCUAGUUGUCUAUGAAGAGAGACUUUUUAGUACGGAUCAGAAGAGCCCAGUAAGAAGACUGUAAAAUUCCUUUGCAAAGUCAGUCUACAAGUGCAGUUAUGUUUAUUACAAUAAAUUUAUAGUCUAUGUCUAUGAAAGUGAAGGAAUUCCAUCCAAGAUGCAGAUCAUAAGGUAAUGUGGUUUUUAAUUAUAUGUACCCUCACCAACUCUCCUAGAGUUGAGGGUUUUCAUACAGACAAACUUCUGCUGGUACUCCAAUUGCAUCAUUUCAUAGAGUCAUGAGUUCUCAAGAAAUGCAGCUAACAAUUGCAAAAUUCAGACUGUGCAGCAGUGUUUGCAAUAGUGCCUAAAGUUUGUGCAUCUCAAAGUACAUUGAAAUGUUUAGUAACUAGUGAGUUAUUUAUUUCAAAGUUAAUUGCAGGUCUUCAUUGAAUUUAAUUUUAAAUCAGCUGGAUGGUGAAAUGUUUACAGUUCUGAUUGUCCUUUGUGCCCUGUUUUGUGAAACCUCACAGUUCCUUCAUUUUUUUUGCCAGUGUUUAUGGUUUCAAAAUAUCUCAUGUUCGUUAACUUCAAAUAAAGAUUGAAAAAUUACAGAGACAGAAAAUCAUAAACUACAACACUUAUGUCAGUUAAUAUGUUGCUAACAUACUGACAAUAUUUAGUAAAUUCAUAAACAUAACGUUUUCAAUUGAAAAUUUUGAUAAGUUUACUAAAGUUUAUUACUGUCCCCUCCUCAAGUAUAGAUUAAUCAAAUUUCUCUUCACAUAUACACCACAAUCAAUCAACCAAUGUCAGAGUAGAACAGAAAGCAGAGAUAGAAUCCCGUAUUCAGGAAAUAUAAAUAAUAAAGUCUUUAAAUUUCUUUGUAUCUGAUGUCAGGAGCAUAGUUAUUUUGACUUGUGUCGGAUGUACAUGAUUGUAAAGUGCAGCAAAUGGCUAAAAAUAUGCUGACCUAUGGAACUGGGUUAAUAUGUUGACCAUUCUUAUUCAGCCUUUGCAGAUGAACUGUGUACUCACUCUUACAAGCAAUGAAGUCAUCUACCAUAUCAGUCCACAUUUUCACAAAACCAUCUAAUAGUAACUUAAACUGUUAUUGAUCCAAAGAUAAUUUCUGCAAUUCAACACUAGACAGUACUUUUUUUUAAAUUAGUGAAUGGUAUUUGCAGCCAAAAUCUUUUCAAGUUAGUAUCACAGUACAAUGAUUAGUUCUCCAUUUCUGAUCUUAAUUUUUUUUUCUUCACUUUAACACUUUAGUGGGCUCAUUUAAUUUGCAUGUAACAUGUCUGUGGCUUACUGGUCUAUUAUCUUCAGUAAUUUUGCAACAAAAUAAUGAGGAUUAUGGGAUUGCAUGCAACUUCCCCAGCAUUUAGUGAAAGGCAUCAUUAAUAUCAGUAACACGCUGUCCUGCUUUACUGAACAUGGAUGAACAAUAUUAUUAUUGUGCUUAAUUUACAUUAAUAAACAGUUACAUAUCUAAGAUUCAGUUGUUUGUAUCAUCCUAUUAAUCUCUUCUAAAUGUGCAAUAUGUUCACCUAACUUUCUUUUAAGUGUUUACUGUUUAUAUAUUAAUUUACAAUUGAGCUGCUAGCGUUUGUAACAUAUAGAAGUUAUUUUCAUUUGGUGAUUUAUUAAUUUUAUGAAAAGCACUAAGUGUAUUCAGUUAAAUAUGACUAAGAUUUCUCAGUUUAAAAAAUAAAAAGGAAUAAACCUCUUCAUAUUUCAAUCAGUUCACGUGAGAAAUACUGCUUCUGCUUCAAGUUUAUACUUAAUUUUUGUUCUAUGUUAUUAACUAUGUUAAUUUUUUGGUACUAUUUAAUCUUAUGUGGCUAAAUAUAGGAGACUCUUCUUUAAUUUAAUAUAAGCAGAAUAAAUACAAAAUUACAAGGGAUGGUCAUUUAUGCUGAUCUUCUUUCUCUACCUAAUACCACUGAAAAUAUGACAGGUUAAUAUCAUAGUUCACAGUGAGUAAUAUAUUUCAUCCUUUGAUCAUUUGUAACAUCUCAGUCUCUUAAGUUGUGAGAAAGAAAAAUUUCCAUCUUAUAUUACUGUGCAGAAAAUACUGUCUGUUGCUAGUUUAAAUGGUUGCAAUUAUGUGCUUCCAUUUUAAUAACAUUAUAGACUCUUUAAUUGAAACAUAAAUACAUGAAAGGUAACAGAAUUAUGAAAGAGACAUUAUAACUGCAGACAGCUUUUGCAAAGUUCAACAAGAAGCAGUUAUUUCAAAAUUCUCCAGACCUGUAAUUUGAAAAUGCUUCAAAUUUGGUGUUUCAAAUAGGAAGCCAUUAUUUUCAAAUUAUUUUGUAUGUGCUAAUUGAAAUAUACAUACACAUACACACACAUAUAUAUAUAUAUAUGAAGAGAAAACAUCUAUGUUAAAUCUUCUACUCAGACACUUUCAUAUUCCAGUAAGGCACAUUUUCAUUCUAAACAAUUUUAAGUGUGUUAGUCUAAUAACAAAUUAAAGAUUUAAUUAUGUGAGAGUCGGUGCUUGUAUUUUCUGAAGUUUCAAGAAAUGUAACUUGAAGUUGUCUAAAGCUAUGUUUCUGUAUAAAUCAUUGUACAUAGAAAAGUUUCUAUAGAAGAGUACUAAGAAAUAUAUUUACCAAAGCAAUGUAUGUACUUGUCAUUACUUCACUUGCUUCACUAAACAGACAUGUCACUGCAUCUAAAACUUAAGAUUCGACUAUCUGUUCACAGAAGUUGUGUUUAUGACAAGCAGUAGACAAAUGAAAAGUUGCUAAGGAAUGAAGAAUAUUUAAGAUUUUACAGAUGUUUACUGUAUAAGUGACUUAUUAAUGCAUUAUUAAUGCAUUACUGUUAUUAGUCUGGGAAAUAAUGUAAUAUUAAAUGGUAUUAUGCAUUAACAGUCCAGCUGUCAAUCUGUGUUGUAUUGAAUAUCAGUACCAAAUUUAAUUUUGUCAGUGUAUUGCUGCUGGUGUGAUUAGACCUAUGGAUGUUUUACAUGGUAUAGUUAAAGUUUUUAUGGUGUUAUCACUAGCUAUGAAGAAAUAUUUGUUAUGCAGUUUUCAUUACGUAUACUGUUAUUUUGUAAUAAAACAUUUUUUGU